AUGAGUAUGAUUACUUUUGUGGCCUCGGAUGGCGGCGAGGUGACUGUUGAUCGAGAUGCCGCUCUGCAAUCCAAUGUCAUCAAGGACAUGCUCGAACUUGUCAACCCUGGGGAUAGCCCCGAGCCUAUUCCUAUCCCGAGUGUUCAUCCCAAGCAAACUGCUAAACAACGUAUUUCGGUGGUGCGCUAUGCAAACGGACCCAGACCCCCGUCAGCGUUCGAAGAGGCAUUUAAAGGUUAUUAUCUGGGACCAAAAGGCCUCUUUGAAGUUAUUCGCGUAGCCGACUACUUCGACAUUGAAGCACUUGUGAACGAGGCCUGUCGCCCUAUAACUAGACUAAUUUCUCUUCACCCUGUGGAAGAUUUGGAUCUCAGGCUCUUUUACAGCCAGCCAGACCCGAUCCAAUAUCUCAUCGUCGAACGACUGGACCCUUGGUCUGUCCGCCGCCUGACAGCCUGGAGCGAAAAGUACGACCAGGGCAGACCGUGGAAUCUCUUAUCGUACUGGAAGCAGUUCAAUUUUACCACUGGGGAAGAGUUCUACCAGAGUAUGACAGAGUCGAUUGUGGAUUUUUUAGGUUGCUUGAUAAAGAGCAAUAGCCCUCAUAUCCAGAGACACCGCAUGGAAGACCUUCUGGACAUGGCGAAAACAAGGGAUUUGAAUCAAGUUCUAAAGCGCGUGAAAUACCCCGAUCAAUAUUUCUAUGAUAUUGAUUUCGACCUUCGAUUCUUUAUGCUGGCAUAUUUUCAAAGGCUGGCGUGGCAGAAUCUCUCGGCAUGCAUUCAAAACAACCAUGAUCAUCACAAUGUCAGUUACUGGCUCCGAAUCUAUAAACAUGCAUCGCCCUACAGGCGAGAGACACUGGAAAUAAAGUCCUCGGAUAUUGAACCAAAGCUUGUGAAACUUAUUGCGAAGUCAAUUUUUGAUUCUGAUGAAACCAGUGUGCGUGACUGGCUUGGGCCGCUCGUUUACUUCUGGAAGACGUCAGAAACUGAGCCGCCAAAAGGCUACUAUGCCCAGUGGAAUCGACAUAUCGCGAAGAGACUGUCUCUGGCCAUUUCUAAAGGAUAUCCAUUUAACACUAGGAGAGGCGUUGAUAUUAUCAAGUUCCUAGAAAGGGGAACUGGGCAGGAAAUUUGCAUCAAUUAUCGGCAGUGGGACAGUGCUAUUUCACAGCACUUCGUGACAUCAAUAUCCUCCGUGGAGUUGAAGGCCUCACAGUGUUGGUGUGGCAUUAUCAAGUUCCUCAUAGGACGUCCUGGGAAGCCGCAUGAUUUUGACUUGCCGCAUUUUACACACCUUGUCAGCAAGAAUAUUGGGGGCUUCCUCUCAUCUGGUCGUCUAGGAAGUGCUAUCAACUGGAUGGGACUUCCAAUCUUCGACCUCGGCCCUGAGGGCGUUGAACUCGAUUGGGACCAUAUCGUGGAUCAGCUUGAGACAGAGAUAUCCCUAAACCCAACCUGUAAUGCUGCACGUUGGAUUGGCCUUCUCAAGGAUGAUUUACCGGGACUCAGGCUAGAACUCCGCAACAGGAAUCCAUUGUCCGGUUAUACCAGACAGGCCCACCUUAUAAACCGACUUCUCCUCCAUACUUUGUCAGUGGCCGGCGAGGAAUCAAAAUUGCCAAUAAUUUUGGUCAAAAAUUGCCUAAAGUGCAUUGAGAUUCUUCAGCAACUUAGUCUUAUUUCUGGCCAAGACUUCCCCCCUGAUCCAUUGGUCGCAUGGGAACAGCAUAUACAAGACAAACUGCUAUUCUUCAUGUCAAAUAGUGAUACUGUCAGAGCAGCUGAACGAUAUGGCCAGACAUCUGGUCCAGCGUACUUGGAAGGCAAUCGACGAACACCCAGUCCAACUACUAGCAUCUUCCAUACUAUACCCAAAGGGCACGAGCGCGUCACAUGUUCUUGGACAGAGCAGGCCAACUGGGCGCAGAUUAUCCCGAGUAUCACAUUAAGACUUGUUGACGAUGUUCGGUGCCACCCGCGUCCCUACUGGAUGAACGCGAUUGAGGAACUUUGCAACAACCUUGGUCUGGAGAUCCAGUAUGAUCGAACGAUGUGGCUUCCCCAUCAUGAAGCCUGUAUCUCCCAGUGCCUAACCCAUCCUCGCGAGUCCGCGGUCAAUGUGGCAAGACUUUUCUCUAGCAUCCAGCAAAUCCACAAAGAGUGUAAACAGCCCGACUAUGUUGCUAGAGCGGAAUGGAUAGAGAAAGUAAAGAAUCUGGCUGGGAGCAAUAGGUCGGAUAGGCAGAGCUGGGCCAAGGUCUGCCAGAUUUUUCAAAAGGGUACGGGCGAAAAUGGAGAAGGAGACUCGACAGGUGGGAAAGAGCAAUGA